CAAAGCUGUAAAAGAAGCCUCGUUUGCCCUUCUUUCAAAAACACGCUCCUUCUGAAAAUAGCUUCUCCACGCCGAUGAUCAAUAUGCUGACAUUGCUUGUUCGCAAUUAACCAUCACCAUCACUGCCAUCGUUCUUGUUCUCCAUCGACUUCACUUUUUCUUCUUCAUUGGCGCUGCUUCUCCAAUCGAAAGAAAACCAAUAUUAGAAGGGAGACGAAUAGAAAGGGGAAGGCCUGUUCAUCGUAUUGUUUUCUAGUCCAUCAUGCCUCCGUAAAGCUUCAGUUGCUGACAUCAAACUACAAGUUGUGGUUUGUCACAAGUAAAAAUUCGUCUACAAGGGAAUGUCAUUGACUGAGUGGUGGAGGAGCAAGUCCUGGGGUGACCAGAGAUGGGUGUUCAUGGUGUUCUUCUCUGUGUUACUUCUCCAUUGUGUUGCCAUACUACUCUUCACCAGUGGUUUCCUCCUCACAAGAACAGAACUUCCACACUUCAGUCAUUGUUCACAGGUUUCCCAAUCUCCCUGUGGACUUCCAGUUUCAUCUCCUCAAAGCAACCAUGAAAAUGUUACUUGCUGGACUAAACCUGCAGUUGAUCGCAUUGUUAUCAUCGUUCUUGAUGCUCUCAGGAUUGAUUUUGUUGCUCCAAGUACAUUCUUUGAAGAGAAGAAACCAUGGAUGGACAAACUGCAAGUGCUACACAAACUUGCAUCAGAUCCAGAAUCUGCUGCUAGGAUCUUCAAAGCUAUUGCAGAUCCACCUACAACAAGUUUGCAGCGUUUGAAGGGAUUGACAACAGGUGGACUUCCAACUUUUAUCGACAUAGGGAAUAGCUUUGGUGCCCCUGCAAUUGUUGAAGAUAAUCUUAUACAUCAGCUUGUUGCAAAUGGAAAACGAAUUGUAAUGAUGGGAGAUGAUACUUGGACACAGUUGUUUCCCAAUCACUUCAAUAAAUCAUAUCCCUACCCCUCUUUUAAUGUUAAAGAUCUGGAUACGGUGGAUAAUGGUUGUAUCAGUCACCUAGUUCCAACCCUGUAUGAUGAUGAUUGGGAUGUACUUAUAGCACAUUUUCUUGGUGUGGAUCAUGCUGGACAUAUAUUUGGUGUUGAUUCAGCUCAAAUGAUUGAGAAACUGGAGCAGUAUAAUGAGCAAUUGGAGAAAGUUGUGGAAGUGCUUCAGAGCCAAUCUGGUAAAGGUGGCCUCCAUGAAAAUACUUUGCUUCUUGUUAUGGGUGAUCAUGGACAAACUAUAAAUGGUGAUCAUGGUGGUGGAACUCCUGAAGAGGUUGAAACAUCAAUUUUUGCAAUGAGUCUGAAAAAGCCUCCACUUCCUAUUCCAUCAGAGUUUGAUGCCUCAUCUUGUAAACUAGAUCUGCUUGGAAGGAAGGUUUGUGUUAGCUCUAUUCAACAGCUUGAUUUUGCUGCAACAGUGUCAGCAUUACUUGGGAUCCCCUUUCCUUAUGGAAGCAUUGGUGGUGUUAAUCCAAUGCUAUAUGGUUUAGUAGCUGGAACAUGGAAAAAUCUUGAAGAAGGCCUUAGUCAACAAAAAGUCAAAGAAUGGAUGCAAAAUUAUGCAAAAGUACUUUGUGUCAAUUCUUGGCAGGUGAAGAGAUACAUAGAUGUCUACACAGCUUCAUCAGUUAUAGGCUUCUCCAUUGAUGACUUGAAGCAUGUAGAAGAAAUAUAUGCUAAAGCAGUCAACACCUGGUCAAACUCAAACUCAAACUCAACUUCCUUCCAUGCCACGUCAUCAUUUGAUUCUCUCAAAACACAAAUAGAUUUAUAUUCUAAUUUUUUAUCAAGUGUUGCUGAGCUGGCACGCACCAAGUUCACAGAAUUUAAUUUAAGGACGAUGGGCAUCGGUUUUGGGAUUUUAUUCAUGUCCAUAUUCGUCCAUUUACUUUUCAUCGUGAAGGUGGAUCGCGUACAUAAAGACGUAUUUGCCCCUAAUGAAACUAGUCCUGUCUCCUUUGCGCUGAUCGUGAGCUGUGUUUUAGUGGCUGCACGCGCGUGUAGCUUCUUAUCAAAUAGUUACAUAUUGGAAGAAGGAAAAAUGACGAGUUUUCUUUUGGGGUCUCUUGGUGUUCUGAGCUUACGCCAUUCAAUCAUGAGAAAGAAGAUGAUAUUAGAAGUAACGAAAAAUUACGAUUUUGUUCAUAUCUUUUUUUUUUCUUUAUUUAUUUUUUCUUGUUCACAGGCAACUACAUUUAUUCUAAUAAUCUCCAUCCUAAGAUUCACAAUAGAACUCAACUUAUCAAAGCAAGGUUCCAAUGAAGUAUUGGACUCCAAGAUGUAUGUUGCUGAUGUGGCACCAUUGCUACCUUUGAUCAUAUUAGCCUACAUGCUUUACAAAAGCAUUGCUUCAUGUAAAUUGGUUUUGAAACUUGUUAUUACAGGAAGUAUAUUUAGUUACAUUCUAGUUGCAUUACAUUGGAUUUUAGAAAGUAACUUAUCAAAUAUGACACAUCCCAUAUAUGAUGUCAUAAAAGGCAAUGUCAUCCCUCGUGUAAUUUACAUUAUGGGUAUUACACAGUUAUUAUCUCUAGUAGUUUUUCGGUUUUUUGAGGAAGUUGAAAGGGCAAAAUGGGGAGAAACAACAAUGAUGAAAGGAGUUGCUAUGCUAUCUACAUGGAGCUCUACACUCAUGAUCUUGUCUGGGAGACAAGGUCCCUGGAUUGCUUUGGCUUUGGUUGUUGGAGGGUGGAUGAUAUCAAGGCUGAAAGGCCUAGAAGAGGACCAAAAGAAUGCUAAAAUUGGUGUUUUAGCUUGUUAUUCUUCCUCUGUUACUCAAUGGAGCCUUUUUGGAUCAUUUCUAUUCUUUUGCACUGGUCAUUGGUGUGCAUUUGAUGGACUUCGGUAUGCUGCUGCAUUUGUUGGGUUUGAUGAAUUUACUAUUAUACCCCAAGCCAUCCUUCUAACGAUUGAGACUUAUGGCUUUUCUCAUAUUCUUCCAACUCUUGGACUUCCAUUUCUUGUUGCAUACCAUCAUAACUCAUCUAACAAACCCAAACAAACACCACACUCCUUAAUCCAAUUAUUUCAGGUUUAUCUGAUAUAUGGGCUUAUUAUGGCUAUAACAACCACAUUCACUGUUCUAUGUGUCAUAAUCCAAAGACGACAUUUGAUGGUUUGGGGAUUAUUCGCUCCAAAAUUUGUUUUCGAUGUUGUGGGACUCAUUUUGACAGAUGUCUUGAUAUGUCUUUCAUCCCUCUUCUAUUUUGUUCAAACAUAGUUA